AUGUCGACCGUUCCUCCCCCUCCAAGCAAGAGGCAGAGGACUGAUGCUUUCGAGAAAGCAAGAGCGCAGCAGGUUAUAAAAGAGAUACCUUCCGACGCAGGCAGUCUGAAAAUCCAGUUUCUUGAUGACGCGACAGGUUUACCUCUCACCGACGGUCCCAUCUUAGUUCCAAUCGCAGAUGCAUCACCAAAAAACUUAGGGAUAUUGUUAAAUACUCUUCUAGGACGUGAUCCUUCAAACUACAUCGCCUAUCGAUUUACAUUGCCCAAUCUGGACAACACGUCGGAUAAAAACCCCCCUCCAGCUUACCCAGAAAACAUAUAUGAAUCCAUGAUAGUCCCUGGUACGGUCAAACAAGAAGUAGCGACUUCAGUAUCGGCAGUACCAGAGGCAGUCUUCAAAGUUCAGUCAGUAACUCGGUGUGGAGCUACAAUACCUGGACAUGGCAAAUCCAUUCUAGUCGCACAAUUUUCUCCAAGAUCAUCCUCCAGAAUGGUCACUGGUAGCGGAGACAACACGGCACGUAUCUGGGACUGUGAUACAGGAACUCCAGUACACACAUUAAAGGGACAUACAGACUGGGUAAUGGCUGUUAGCUGGUCCCCGGAUGAAUCAAGGAUUGCAACAGGUAGUAUGGAUAAUACAGUCAGAAUGUGGGAUCCUAAAACCGGAAAGCAAUUAGGCAGACCAAUGAAGGGGCAUUCGAAAUGGGUCACAAAUCUUGCUUGGGAGCCAUAUCACGUUCAGCAACCCGGAGAACCUAGACUCGCCUCGUCCUCUAAAGAUUCCACCGUUAGAGUAUGGUUGACUAAUCAACAGAAGAUUGAAUUGGUUUUGACCGGACAUGCCGAUACAGUAUCAUGUGUCAAAUGGGGAGGAACUGGAUUCAUAUAUACAUCAUCUCGCGAUAGAACUGUCAAGGUUUGGAAUGCAAAGGACGGAACUCUCGCACACUCUCUUAAUGCUCAUGCGCACUGGGUUAACCAUCUCGCACUAUCUACAGAAUAUGUCACGCGAACCGGCUACUUUGACCACACUGGCAAGGCCCCUGCAACAGAGGAGGAAAAGGUCAAGAAAGCAGAGGAACGCUUUCUCAAAGUCUCCAAAAUUCAGGGUGAAGUCGUGGAACGCCUUGUCACAGCCAGUGACGAUUUCACCAUGUAUCUCUGGGAACCUUCCAAGCAAACGAAGCCCAUAGCAAGAAUGUUAGGUCAUCAGAAACAAGUGAACCACGUAGCUUUCUCGCCCGACGGACUACUCAUUGCCUCCUGUGGUUUUGACAACCAUACUAAGGUCUGGAACGCCCGUGAUGGAAAGUUCAUCAAUACAUUGAGAGGUCAUGUUGCUCCUGUCUAUCAAUGUGCUUUUAGCUCUGAUUCUAGGCUAUUAGUCACAUGUAGCAAGGAUACAACACUGAAAGUAUGGAAUAUGGUAACUCAUAAGUUAGCUCAAGAUUUGCCUGGCCAUAAAGAUGAAGUUUAUGCCGUCGACUGGAGCCCGGAUGGAGAAAAAGUGGGCAGUGCUGGAGCAGACAAGGCGGUUCGCAUCUGGAGACAUUGA